GGGGACUCAUUUACAGGUAACACCAACACGGCAUCGAAGUAAACAUGCAGGCUGUGGGUUCAGCCGAGAACAAAAUUAACAGCAGUUCACGUUAAAAGUAUACUGUCUCGUCGAGGUAACGUUCUCGUUCCGCACCUGUCUUCUGAUCAAAGCUGUGAUUCCCAAACUCGGGGCUGUUAGUCAUCUUGUUGUCGGCAGACGUGACCAAAUUCAGGUAGUUUUACCUCGGCUGUAGUAGUAUGCUGUUUUCGUUUUGCAACCAUAUGCUGAAAAAUAUUUAGUCGAUCAUACAAAUCACCUAGGUUAGCGAUACUGUUAAAUACGCAUUUAAAUAUGUAUUUGUUAGCCUCACUGAACUAGAGACAAUAUAUAUUUUCAGCUCCUUAUUCGCUACUGUCGCGGACUGCCGUACGGUCACGUCAACUGAUGAUGGCAGUAGAAGCAAAAGAGUAAAAAUUUGUAGCGCAGAUCGGUGUCCGGGCGAAACACGAACUCAAAUCAGACAAUGUAGCAUAGGUGUAAUAUUAUUCAUUCUGUUUAGCUACGUCCUUGUAACUUCUCACUACCCGCGACCUAUUUUCAGGUCCUUUAAUGCAAAAUUAUCCGUGAAAAAAUGGGGGAUAAGCGACAACGAGCGAGAGUACAAGGCUCCUGGGCCAAAUCUGCGCAGCUGCCGAAAGGCGGUGCUCGAGGAAGGGGGGAAGAUUCAGUCGCGUGUCAGCCACGCGCUGGGUGCUGGGGCACCGGCCCGCAAACGUUUGAGUUCCAUCAGCCGGCUAAGCCCUUGAGAGAAAUCCCAGUGGAGAAGGUGAUAGAGCAUGCAGGUGAAUAUCAAAUAAGCCAGGGGCCCACUGGUGUUUCAAGGCUGAGACUGGUUCCUGGAUUCCUGUCCCAGGAGGAGGCCGACUGGAUGUUCAGCAAACUCCUCGCUGAACUACCUUGGUCACAGAAGACCAACUUCAAGCAGGGUCAGGCCUAUGAGGAACCGCGGCUGACGUGCUGGUUCGGCGAGCUGCCAUAUACCUACUCGAACUCCACGCUACAGCCCAACUCGCAGUGGCACCCGGUGUUGGUCCAACUUCGGGAAGCUGUAGAACAGGCUUCGGGAUGCUCCUUCAACUCUCUGCUCUGCAACCUGUACCGGGACGGGAAGGACAGCAUUGCCUGGCACAGCGACAGCGAGGUCUCGCUCGGACCAGAGCCCGUCAUCGCCUCCCUCAGCCUGGGGGACACCCGCUGCUUCAGUCUGCGGAAGCAGCCCGGCCCGGAGGAAGAUGGGGAUUACACGUAUGUGGAGAGACUCCGGAUCCCACUGCCACAUGGGACUCUGCUCCUCAUGGAAGGUGCCACGCAGGAGGAUUGGCAGCAUCAGGUGGCCAAAGAGUACCACGACCGGGGUCCCCGGAUAAACCUGACCUUUCGCACCAUCUACCCAGAACCGGCCCGGGCCAAACAAACCCAGAGCGAUGGGCAGUGGGGAGGGCAACGGUGACCGGUGGAUGGAUGGGCGGGAAGAUGGGAUGGCAGUCUGGAGGAAGAGGAUUAUUGUCUUUGUGGGGUUGUGGGUGGCUGUGGGAAUGUUGGACAUGAAUAGUGAAGCACAGGCCCCCUGCUCCGCCUGACGCACACAAAACGCUUUUGGCUCCUCUCGAAUCUUCUGGUUUUUGAAUUUUCUGUGCAUUUUUUUUAAAUCUGACCUGAUUUUGUGAGGCGGACCGACCUCCUUCGUGCUGGAUCUUACCGCUCUGCCAGGUGGCACGCAGUGCAUGUCCUUUAGACGUUCAUUCUGGCGCUCUCUGAUUUUGGCUAAAAUUUAAAUGGUGUAAUGGGUGAAAAUGUAAAUGACAUUUGCAGAGAGUAGCAGUGCUACGUGCCUUUAAGACGCCAUAACAAGAGCCUGUGCUUUUAUAACAUUUUUUUUGAAACACAUUUAGUUUCUGUACAAUUUUAAGUUUAUUGCAUUAAUAUAGAUUUGAAAAUAAAUGUGCUGUUGAAAUUAAUAUCAAA